GCGCGUCCCCUGACCGGGACCGAGCGGGGGAUACACGAUCGCUGAGCGGAGAUCCGCGCCUAGAGGCCGCUCGGAGCCGGGGCUAAGACGCACGCCUCCGCCGCCGCCAAGACCCCAUUCCGGCAACACUCGGGGGAACCAGGGCGCCGAGCAAUGCCCCAAGCCUCAGGACUUGGGCGCGUCUAAGACGAUGGUUUCUUAAGCACGGCACCGCGUCCCCCGGCCCGCCCCCUCGACUGGGAGCAGAGACCUUGAGCGGGGCUCCCAGGGCUCCGUACCCCUGAGGAGCCCCGGCCGCUUUCUCUCGGGGCAGCUCGCAGGGCCACCGGGGCGCACGGGCGAUGUGACCUCCGGCCAGCGCGCAGGCCCGCCUGGGGGAUAUUAUGGCACCUGGCGGAGUCCCAGCCUAGCAUGGCCCGCGUUCUGCCCGACGUCGCCUCCGGCUAGGAUGGCCCCUCCGGGCCCGGCCGGCGCCCACCCCACCUCGGCUGAGCCUCUGUCCCGCAACAUCUUCCGGAAGUUCCUGCUGAUGCUCUGCUCCCUGCUCACCUCCCUUUACGUCUUCUACUGCCUCGCCGAGCGCUGCCAGACCCUGUCCGGCCCCGUCGUGGGGCUGUCCGGCAGCGGCGAGGAGGCGGGGGCCCCGGGUCGCGGCGUCCUGGCCGGAGGCCCGCGGGAGCUGGCGGUGUGGCCCGCGCCGGCACAGAGAAAGCGCCUCCUGCAACUGCAGCAGCGGCGGAGGCGCCGGCCGACCGCUCCGCGCGACGACGGCGACGAAGCGGCCUGGGAAGAAGAGACCCCUGGCCUGGCCGGGGGUCCCGGUGGCUCUGGGGCCGGAAGCAGCGUGGCCGAGGCCCCGCCGGGGACCCUGGCGCUGCUCCUGGACGAAGGCAGCAAGCAGCUGCCACAGGCCAUCAUCAUCGGCGUGAAGAAGGGCGGCACGCGGGCGCUGCUGGAGUUCCUGCGCGUGCACCCCGACGUGCGCGCCGUGGGCGCCGAGCCCCACUUCUUCGACCGCAGCUACGACAAGGGCCUCGCCUGGUACCGGGACCUGAUGCCCAGAACCCUGGAGGGGCAGAUCACCAUGGAGAAGACGCCCAGCUACUUCGUGACGCGGGAGGCGCCCGCGCGCAUCUCGGCCAUGUCCAAGGACACCAAGCUCAUCGUGGUGGUGCGGGACCCGGUGACCAGAGCCAUCUCGGACUACACGCAGACGCUGUCCAAGCGGCCCGACAUCCCCACCUUCGAGAGCCUGACGUUCAAGAACAGGACGGCCGGCCUCAUCGACACGUCGUGGAGCGCCAUCCAGAUCGGCAUCUACGCCAAGCACCUGGAGCACUGGCUGCGCCACUUCCCCCUCGGCCAGAUGCUCUUCGUGAGCGGCGAGCGGCUCAUCAGCGACCCGGCCGGCGAGCUGGGCCGCGUGCAGGACUUCCUGGGCCUCAAGAGGAUCAUCACGGACAAGCACUUCUACUUCAACAAGACCAAGGGCUUCCCCUGCCUGAAGAAGGCCGAGGGCAGCAGCCGGCCGCACUGCCUGGGCAAGACCAAGGGCCGGCCGCACCCGGACAUCGACGGCGAGGUGGUGCGCAGGCUGCGCGACUUCUACCGGCCCUUCAACCUCAAGUUCUACCAGAUGACCGGGCACGACUUCGGCUGGGAUGGAUAGCGACAUAAUUUAAAAA